GCAGCUGCGAUGCUCGCCAUUCUAAAGAAAUGGCGCUUGUUCGCCAUCCUUCUGGCAAGCAAUGUGAGCGUGUCGUUAGGAUCGGAAAGCGAGACGUUUACGCUCACAAUUCUGCACACCAACGACGUUCACUCGCACAUUCAAGAGACCACCAAGUAUGGGGGAGUCUGCUCGGCGAAGGACAAGAACGCCUCAAAAUGCGUUGGAGGAGUUGCAAGAAUUGUAACAAAGGUUAAGCAACUCAAGAAAGAGCAUCCAGGUGCUUUGUUUAUGAACGGCGGAGAUUUUUACCAGGGGACUCCCUACUACACGAUUCUGAAACACUAUAUGGUUUCAACAAUAAUGACUGCGAUGGCGUAUGAUCAGGUGUGCUUAGGAAAUCACGAGUUUGAUGAUGGACCAGAAGGACUAGCUCCUUUUCUAGAAAGUAUGGACGCUGCGAAUAUAAGUGUUGUCAGCACCAAUACUGAUUUCGACAAAGAACCGGCUCUUAAGGACAAGCCGAUCAAGAAAAGUGUUAUAGUAACUGUGAAAGGAAGAAAAAUUGGAAUCAUCGGGGCUGUCCUUCCGCAAACAAAACAACUUUCAAAUCCAGGUCAAGUCGAAUUUCAUGACGAAAUUGCGAGCUUUAAAAGUGAAGUUCAAAAUCUGAAGAAAGAAAACGUGAAUAUCAUCGUAGGAAUUACUCACUGUGGGUACCUACGAGACAUUGAAAUAAUGAAAGAAGUUGAAGAUCUGGACGUUAUUGUUGGUGGCCACACGAACACUUUUCUUUAUCACGGCAAUGGGUACCCCCCAGAAAAUACCCCUGAAGGCGAUUAUCCCACACUUGUAGAUAAAACCGACGGUUCCAGAGGGCUUGUAGUUCAAGCUUACUGCUACGGAAAGUACCUCGGAUUCUUACAGGUUACAUUUGAUGGGAAUGGAAAUGUUAUUAAUGGAACGGGAAACCCUAUUCUUCUAAAUUCAUCAGUCACCGAAGAUGAAAAUAUGACUCGAGUAAUUGCGCCUUUCAAGGAAAAUGUCACUAAGGUAAUGCAGGAACCAGUUGGUUACACCAAAGUGUUGCUCGAACAACAGGAUAAUAUAUGCCGAAUCCGGGAGUGCAACCUCGGAAAUAUGAUGGCCGAUGCGUACUUCGCCUACUACGCGGAUAUGAACACCUCUUCAGCAGAGCUUUGGUCCAACGUAAACGCAGCGAUAAUCAAUGGGGGAACCAUUAGAGCUCCACUUGAGCAAGGUGUGAUAACAAUGGGCGCAAUACUCACAACUGCACCAUUUGGUCAAACUAUUAUCAAUGUCACUCUGAAUGGAACCACCUUACGAAAGAUGUUCGAACAUUCGGUUGCAAACUUCAGCUACCUAAACAAGAAGGGAGAAUUUCUUCAAGUUUCUGGCAUGCGCGUGGAGUACAACUUGUCGCUGCCAUCAUCAUGCCGGGUGAUAUCCCUAAAAAUACUUUGUAAACAAUGCCAGGUGCCUGUCUAUCAAGACGUAGUUGACAGAGAAAUGUACACAAUCGUUACAACAGACUUCGUAGCCAGAGGUGGCGAUGGAUUUACCAAAGCAGAAAAAUACGGAGAAUCAGGUCCCGUUGAUUUCGAUGUCCUAGUCUGGUAUAUUCGUAAGAUGUCACCUAUCAAGACACCUAUCGAGGGACGAGUAAUCAUCUACGGGAACGUCACGGAACCACCCAUAUAG